AUGGUGUCGUUUUCUCAGCUAGUAACGUUCGCUGUCAUUCUGCAAACCACGUUUUCCGGUGGCUCUUGCGGCAGUAUCUGGAUAAAGUACAAUGGCCGCUUACCUGGCGGAGUAUACCAAACCGCCACAGCGCCCCUAGUGAGCACGGAGAAAAACGCAAAAAUUGUCGGAGGAAGAGACGCUCUCAUCGACAAUUUUCCCUACCAGCUGGCGUUACUUCGAAGCGGGGUACUUGCCUGUGGGGCGUCGGUGAUCGCCCUACGAUGGACCUUAUCGGCCGCGCAUUGUACUCAUCCCUUACCGGAAAUAAAUGUGAUGACUUUACGCGGCGGAAGCGCCAACCGUUUGUUCGGAGGAGUCAUUUUUAGCGUCGUGCGCAUUGUAAAUCACCCUCGCUACAGUGACUACACCAUGGAGUUCGACGUAAGCCUCUUGCAAACGGGAACCGACAUUGUGGGACAAUCUAUUGCUCCGGUAGUAUUACCGCCAGCCACUAGCGGGUUCGCGCCGGGAACCCUGGCUAACGUUACUGGCUGGGGUUUGCAAUCCGUUCCCAGCGCUCUUCCAGUACAACUGCAAUGGGUCGAGUUGCCCUUGAUGGCCAUCGAGCAGUGUCGCAGUAGCUGGCCCUCGGAAUGGAUAACGGAAGACAUGAUGUGCACUAGUCAGCCCGGUCGUGAUACAUGCAAUGGCGACAGUGGAGGUCCUUUAGUCAUCAACGGCUACCAGAUGGGCGUGUCUUCGUGGGGAGUAUCUGACUGCUCUGGAAACUUGCCUGCGGUCUUCGCCAGCACAGCAAACCCGACCAUCAGAGCAUUCAUUCAAGAGCACACCGGGGUUUAA